GUUACAUUGCAGAGGGAGAGUGGUGGCGGGUGACCGAACUAAAUGCAUGACAGGUAAUCCAACCACUUUCCCUUGUCGAUUUCCCUCACUCCUUUUGGCCAUGGAUGACUAGAAACUGCAGAAACAACAUAACCAUAAUUAAAAACAAAUCAAUUUCACUUUCACUUCGCCUUCUAUCCCAGAAGACUCUGAUCAAGAAAGAUCUUCUACACGCUUUCUACAAAACCCAACACUAAAAAAAAGCAAAACCCUUAAAAGAAUGAGAGAGAAAGUAAACAACCAUGUCUUCGAGUCAUGAGAGACAGGGGAGAAAAAGAAGAAACAAAAAUAAAAAAUGAGAGCCAAAAGGGGAGAGAAAAGUGGACAUGGGGCAGCCAAAAAGGAAGAGAGAUUGGAUGAAAAGUUGAGGAGAGGGGUUUUGGUAGGGAAGAGGGUGGGCCCUUUUUCUUGCACUCCAAUUAGACCUUGGACUGCCUCUUCACCCUCUGCGCACGUUAGCAUCAUUGCCAACAACCAGGAGGAGCCUUCUUCUUCUACUUCUUUUUCUCUUAACAAGCCUGCUGCCACUGUUGUGUCUGCUAGAAAGCUUGCUGCUGCUCUCUGGGAGUUCCAGCAUUACCCGCCUCUCUCUAAAAUGCACCGGGGUGUGCAUAUUAAUAAUCACAGUAAUGGUGCUGCUGCUAGUGAUCCUAGGUUGCGCCGCCACCAGAACCGCCACCAUCUUUUUAAGGACAAGGGCUUUGACCUAUCCCACUUCUUGGCUGAUCCUUCCCCUAGCUCUCCCGACCAGCCAGAAAGUGCAGGCAGUUUGAGGAGACAUAUUGCUGCAUCACUGAUUCAGCAUCAUCGAUCAAUUGAAAGAAGUAAUCGCGCUCUACAGCCUGUAUCUCCUGCAAGUUAUGGCAGUUCCAUGGAGGUGGCACCUUAUAACCCUUCAGCUACACCAAACAGCUCAUUAGACUUUAAGGGAAGGAUUGGUGAGCCAAACUAUAGUCUUAAAACGUCCACUGAACUGCUAAAAGUAUUAAAUAGAAUCUGGAGCCUGGAAGAACAACAUGCAUGUAAUAUGUCAUUGAUAAAGGCAUUGAAAAUGGAGCUGGAACAUGCUCGUGUCAGGAUCAAAGAGCUUCUUCGAGAUCAGCAAGCAGAUCGGCACGAGAUAGAUGAUUUGAUGAAACAAAUUGCAGAAGAUAAACUAGUUAGAAAGAGCAAGGAACAGGACCGUUUACAUGCUGCAAUUCAGUCUCUCAGGGAUGAGCUAGAAGAUGAGAGGAAGUUAAGAAAGCGAUCUGAGAGCCUACACAGGAAAUUAGCUCGGGAAAUUUCUGAGGUCAAAUCUUCUUUUUCUAAUGCCGUGAAAGAGAUGGAAAAAGAGAGAAAAUCACGGAGGUUGUUGGAAGAUCUGUGUGAUGAGUUUGCUAAGGGAAUUAAAGACUACGAACAGGAAGUGCAUGUUCUGAAACCAAAAUCUGACAAGGAUUGGAUUGGAAGGGCUGAUGAUGAUCAUUUAAUUCUCCACAUAUCUGAAUCAUGGCUGGAUGAGCGGAUGCAGAUGAGGCUAGAAGAAGCUCAGCAUGGUUUUUCUGAAAAUAAUUCAAUAGUGGACAAGUUAGGCUUUGAAAUAGAGACCUUCCUUAAAGCUAAGCAGAUGGCUAAUUCUAAGAUUACUGAUAACAAGAUGCCAAGGGAACGGCGGAAUUCAAUGGAAUCUGUCCCUCUGAAUGAGGCUGUGAGUAAACCUCAGGAUGUGGGUGAUGAAGAGGAUUCUGCAAGUGGUGAUUCACAUUGUUUUGAGCUUAACAAACCGAGUAAUGGUGAAUUUAACAUGCAUAGAGAUGAUGCUGCAGAUGGGCAUGUUGAUGAAACUGUCAAAUCUUGUCAAACAAAGAAGUUUGCAUCUCGCGAAAGAAUUAGACGUCAGAGUCCAUCAAGCUUGCAAGUCAAAUUCGAAGAACAGAUGGCUUGGGCAGUGGCACCUAAUGGAAACAAGAAGUCUCAGGUAGUUGACUCAGAAGAGGUAAAAGCAGGUGAAGGGAAUCCAAAUGAAUUGAAUGCUUCUCGAAAAUCCGAAAAUUAUGAUGCUAAUGACGGUGGCAGCCUUGAAAGAAAGAAUAAAGUUGAUGAGAUGCAUGGGCUGAACCCAAAUUAUGUGAUUGAUAACUUGAUAAGAAGUCAUAUUUCAUCAUCAGAAGCACGGAAUGUGCAUCAUGAGAAUGAUGCAGGCGAGGCAUCCUCCAGUUACCCAACCAAGAGAAAUGCUAGUCCAGUUAGACAGUGGAUGGCGAAACUCACAACCCCAGAUCUUGACAUUUCUGAGUCUUCUACAAAAUUGCCUCCAAACUUGAAGGAAAAUACUUUGAAGGCAAAGCUUCUGGAAGCACGAUCAAAGGGUCCGCGUUCACGUUUAAAAAUAUUCAGAGGUUCCUCUUAAGCCGUUCAGAAAAUGAGUUUAGAGCUCUUUUGCCUUUCCGGGUGAAGAAAUUAUUAGGAACUCAUGUUUUGUGAAUAUUCGACCGUACAUAUCUCGAAUAUGAAUGUUGUUGUUGCAUCUUCAUAUCGGGCUUUAUUUUAUUCUUUUGUAAUUUGAAAUUCAAUUAUGUAUGUGGAGUGUAAUGCUACUAUAUAGCCGCAUGGAUAAGACAAAUUUCAAGACGCAUAACAAUUUUGUGUAAUUUUCUAGGUUUGUCAUCAGCUGAAUUCUCUAUGUAUUAUCAAUUCAUCUCCUAGCUUUUUAACUUGA